GCCAAUAGAAUCCAUGACAGGCGUUCGUGCCUUCGUCCGCUUCGUCCAUCUGGAUGUCUGGAACGGAAGGAUAUGAUUCCUGUCUUCUCUUCUUGAUAAGCCGUACCUUCCUAACUGGCGAACUAUCGCACAUACGGCCGUUUUUUUCCAUUACAUGGCAAUGGGAGACAUUAGACUUCCACGGCACAUGUUUCUGUGGAGCAUGUCCGUUAUUUACAUGUUUGCCUUUGCAUCCCUGUACAUUCAGAUACCAGGUCUCUAUGGUAACGAUGGAAUUCUGCCGGCUCGUUGGCAGUUGCGCUACACCGGGAAGAGCCUCCUGGAGCAGCUGCGUGACUCGCCCACCCUGCUGUGGCUGGGCCCUCGCUUUGGCCUGGACACCCAGCAGGGCAUGGAGCUCAUCUGCAUUUUGGGGUCCCUCCUGGGCCUCGGGGCCAUGGUGCUGGAGCCCCUGCGGAACAGCAUUGUGUUCUUCUGCCUGUGGGUGCUCUACCUCUCCCUCUUUCAGGUUGGGCAGGUUUUUCUGUACUUCCAGUGGGACAGCCUGUUGCUGGAGACGGGCUUCCUGGCGGUUCUGAUCGCCCCCCUGACCCUGCCCCGCGGGGGGUCCCCGUCCCGGCAGCACGACGGCGUCACGUUCUGGCUGGCCCGCUGGCUCCUGUUCCGCCUCAUGUUCGCCUCGGGCGUGGUCAAGCUGACCAGCCGCUGCCCCACUUGGUGGGGCCUCACAGCUCUGACCUACCACUACGAGACCCAGUGCAUCCCCACGCCCCUGGCCUGGUACGCCCAUCAGCUGCCCGUCUGGCUGCAGAAGCUCAGCGUGGUGGGCACCUUCGUCAUCGAGAUCGCCGUGCCCUUCCUCUUCUUCUCGCCCGUCAGGUGUCUGCGGCUGGGCGCCUUCUACCUGCAGGUUCUGCUGCAGGUACUCAUCAUCCUAACCGGGAACUAUAACUUCUUCAACCUCCUCACCAUCACGCUGUGCUUCUCCCUGCUGGACGAUAACCACGUCCUCUCAUUUAUCGGACGCGCGAAGAAGGCGGAGUCUAAAACCUGGCCUGAGGCCGUGGUCUCCGGGCUGGCAUCACUGACUGGGCUGUGCGUCUGCUGUCUCAUCGCCUACCUGACCGUGGUCUACUUCAGCCUGGAUAUCGACUGGGGGAAGGCUAGUGUAUCCUCACACACUGCAUUUACCUACCACCAGUUUAACUGGUUUCUGAAGACAGUGACUAUUCCCAGUAUUUGGAUUGGAGUGCUCUCUCUUACCUGGGAAAUCAUCAAGGCCAUGUUCAAGUGCGCCUGUUUGAAAAAUGCUUGUAUUAAAAAAUUUUGUACAACGUUAUGUUUAUCAGCAGUCCUUCUGUUUGCCGCCUAGGUUCCCUACACACUAAUUGAAUACGAGGCCCAGAGUUCGAUCUGGCCAGCCGUUGCUAGGACGCACAGCUCUGUGGCUCGUUACCAGCUGGUAAACUCGUACGGCCUCUUCAGGAGGAUGACGGGGGUCGGGGGUCGCCCGGAGGUGGUGAUCGAGGGCAGCAUGGACGGGGUCACCUGGACGGAGAUCGAGUUCAUGUACAAGCCCGGGAACGUGAGCGGGCCCCCGCCGGCCGUGGCCCCCCACCAGCCCCGGCUGGACUGGCAGAUGUGGUUCGCCGCCCUUCGCCCCCACGCGCAGAGCCCCUGGUUCACCGGCCUGGUGCAGCGCCUCCUGCAGGGCAAGCGAGACGUGAUUAACCUGGUCCAGGUGGAGGAGUCCAGAUACCCGUUCAGCCACAGCCCCCCAGCGUUCAUCCGGGCCCGCCUCUACAAGUACUGGUUCACCGAGCCUCGUGAGGACGGGUCGCUGCCCCGGCAGUGGUGGAGAAGGCAGUACGUGGAGGAGUUCUAUCCCACAGUCCACCUGGGCGACCCCGUGCUGGAGAGCAUGCUCAGUCAGCACGGGCUCAAGGACAAGGGUGUGGUCCGGCGCGUCUCAAACGCACUGCUCCCCCGGGCCCUGGGGCGGGUUCGGGCGCAGGUUCAGGGCCUCUCCGGGCCCUCGGCGCUCUGGUCCCUCUUCAUCACGGGGCUCGCCGUCAGCUUCCUCAGGGCACUGAGCUCCAGGGCCUUCCGGACCCGCGGGCCCAAACCCCUCCCCGUGGAACUUCUGGGCGAGAAGACUGAGGAGGCGCCGUCUCCGCCUGCGUCAUGUCCCGAGGAGGAGGAGGAGGAGGAGGAGGUGGGAGACGAGGUGGAAGAGGAGGAGGUGGGAGAUGAGGAGGAGGAGGUGGAAGAGGAGGAGGUGGUAGAAGAGAAGGUGAAAGGAGAGUUUGCCACUGACCUUGAUGGCAGAGGUGACAUGGAGGAGAAGCGGUUGGAAUCUGAAGCAAGCUAAAGGAAGAGGGAGUUCCAAUGGUGAUCGACGAUCACUCUAAACCUCGGUCAGACAAUGGGAAGGAUGAGUGUUGUUUUCACCGGCUCCCUCUGGUGGCCAAGUUGGGAUGUGCACUCUCCCUGCACGUGCGCAGUAUAUGGGCUGAGGAUGCAGUCUGUUUCUGCUUGAACUUCACAAGUGUAUGGAUUGACAUUUGUAAAAACCAGUCCUCUUAAACUACUGCCUCAUUUGCGCAUUUAUUAAUUCUGUAAGAAAGGCAGUGUGACUCAUGGAAAAGUCCAAAUUAUUAUAUUUUUUUAAAUGGGUCAUGGAAGGAUUAAGCACAGGGAGAAGUGGGUGGUGUCAGAUGUUUAAGGCUUUUCACUCGGCUUUUGAACAUACAUCCAACCAAACGCUUGUUUAGUUGUUCAUUUUCAUAUUCACUCUCAAAUACACUGGGCAGAUUUCUCAUUGUUUUCACACAUCCUCUAUGCAAUUGAUAACAGUAAACUACCGAUAAUUGUUCUAGACCUAGUUGGAUCUUAGUUAUCGGUAUGGUCGCACACUGCUGUUGAGCACUUUAAAGUGCAUUUGUGUUUGUGUGGUUUUGAAUUUUGGCUGAGUGCGUGGGAAGAGAGAGCUCUUAAAACAGCUGAGUUCCCCUGUGCUUUGGAGACUGUAAGUUCUCCGGUGUUCUGGUUUGUUGCAAGUCGACACAUUUGGCUGCUAGCUUCGGAGAUUCAUCGUUGGCAAUGUUAAUGUAAUACUCUUGAUAAAUCAUUACCGUUUUCAUAUCCAUGUCGUCCUUUGAUGUCGUCGCAUAAUGCUUUUUUGCGUUCCUGUGGCUUAUACAGUAUAUAUAUAUAUAUAUUAAAGGAGUCUCAUUAAUGAUUAUUUAACUUGUUGUCAUGGUAACUGGGUAAAAUCUACUGUCCCUUUAUUUAUUCACCCCACCAAAUUUUCUUUCCCAUUUUGGAAUUUGGAGUCACAAAUUUAUGGCUCCUCUUCAUAGGUGGAAAGUCCUGCCACAGUCCUGGGGGUGCGCAAGCUAGCAUUUGGGCCAGAAAGUGUGCUGCCAGGUCUGCUUGAUUUUAAAUUUAAUGUUAUUGCGCUGGGGGACAGCUGUUCAGAAAUAAGAUUGAAUAGAUUUCAGAAGUCCAAUAAUGUCCCUGGAUCAGUUAAUAUCUACACUGUCUUAGUCAGCUGCUCUUAAAUCUGAAUGACUUGUUCUGUCUCUGCAUGAAAGUAUCUCAUGUAAAUGUGGACAGUGAUGAUGUGACCUUAACAUUCCAGGAUACUUUCUCUUGGGUCAUGACUAACUAGAUAGCCAGCUUUGUAUUUUUUUUUUUACAUCAAAAGCUUUGUCUCUGCCAAAAACCUGAAAUGUUCCCAUUUCGAUACAUCGUAUGACUUUCCACAAAGGGUUAUGACCAAGGACAAUACAAAUGGAAAUGGAUGCACUGAUUUUGAACGUGCUUGGAGUUGGCACCAACUGAAACCUCGCAUUGUAAGGUGCGUACAGAUGACAGAAGGAAUCUAACUAUUGACCGUCUAAUUACAAUAAAGAAUUUUUGGAUUUGUAUAAUUUUGUAGUCUAGGAUUAUGCAAACCAUGUUUAGGGUCAAUAUUGUCAGAAAAAUGACCUUUGUCUAGUCUGUAUACAGUAUGUUUGUGUUUGAUUUGCAAUCCUGAAUUUUCAGCAUCGGUAAUCAUCCAGCAGAACCAAAUAUAAAUUCACAUUUUAUUUAUAUUACCUUACACUGCUCAUUAGGCAGGUCACACGGUAACAUGUUGUAUCGUUACAUAAAUUGACAUUUAUUGUUACAUAUUAUAUGCAUAAUGUGUGAGGAAAACAUUUUCCUGAUGCGUAUCAAGUUUGUAAUAAAGUAUCAAUUUUUUAUUGA